ACUAGCUGUCACAUCCCCUUGUGGAAUCAAAACUAGCUGGACCUCACAAUAACCUGGUCCUCACACCUACCUGGACUUCACCGCUACCUGGUCCUCACACCUGCCUGGACCUCACACCUACCUGUUCUCAGAGCCACCUGUUCUCAGAGCCACCCGUUCAGCUGGACUACCUGACCUGCACCCUCAACAAAAGGGACUCUGUGAUACUCCUACCUUACCUGACAGUUCCGUGACAUGCCGUUGUAAAAACACCUAAAAAACAUGAGCGAAGACGGGAAAUCAUUCUCUGAUAGUCUCCAAUUGGAAGACUCUGAGAGAGGGGGCGUGGUCAUCAAGGGACUCGCCGACACCAGCAUCUCCGCCAGCAGUGGACUGAAAGAGGGCGAUGAGAUCGUUGGAGCAACCGUUCACCUGGACCACCUGAGCAAACAGGACAUCCUGAAGAUCCUGAAGGUGUUGGAGCCGUACGACGACAACAUGACGGUGUUGACCAAAUCUGACCUGAGUGCUGGCAUCGACCCAGGGUCCCUGAGUGGCCCAGGCAAGAUGCUUACUACCAGUUACAAGCAGAAGAAGAUGCCGUCCCUUGAGGCCCAAGGCGAGGCACCAGCUCUUAAUCUUACUGGCCUGAAUACCAAGUUAAACUCUGCCAUUGGUCUGGAUGGGGACAUUAAUGGAGAACUGCCCAAUCUUAACCUAAACAAACCCUCUGCAGAUGGUAGCGGCACCUUCAGGAUUGCAGAUACAGGACUGCCAGGACUUGACCUAAAUGGAGCAGGUUUUGGCAACUCUAUCAGUGCCCCCUCUGCUGAACUGUCCUCACCCAAUGCCACACUAGGACUUAAAAAAACAGGAGUUAAGGGGGGCAACUUCACAGCCCCCAAAUUUGAGAUGCCAAACUUUAAUCUGCCCAACAUCGGUGGCACGGGAGCAACAGGAGGGAUUAAUCUUGGGAAGAUGAAUGCUGAUUUGGACACUCCUGCUGUAAAUUUUCCAACUGCAGGUGUCAAUCUGUCGGCACCCACAAUAGAUGCUAAAACCGUAGAUCUGAAUUUGAAUGGCCCAGAUGUCAAUUUGAACGGCCCAGAUGUUAACUUGGCUGCCCCAAAUGUGGACAUGGAUGCUUCAACUGGAAAAAUUAAGUGGCCACAUCAGAAAUGGAAGGGUCCUAAGGUUAACCCUGACCUGAGUCUCUCAACACCAAAGCUUGACGGAGACCUGUCAACACCAGAAGUAGGCCUUGACCUUCCAAAAGCUAACCUUGAUGGCCCCAAUUUGGAUGUUGACGCUCCGAAAAUCAACUGGCCUCACUUAAAUUGGAAAAAACCAAAGCUUGAUCUCAAGGGUCCUAAAGCUGACAUGGACGUUAAUGCUGACCUGAAAACCCCAGAUCUCAACCUCUCUCCACCAGGAAUGAGCGGGGGGAUAAGCACACCAAAUUUGGCUUUGGAUGUACCGAAUGCUGAACUCGAAGGGACAGACUUCGACAUCAAUGCUCCAUCAGGGAAGAUCAACUGGCCUCAUAAGAAGUGGAAGAAACCCAAACUCGAUGCAGACCUCAAUACACCAGAUGUCAAUGCACCAGAUCUGUCUUUGAAUCUUCCCAAAGCUGACAUCAAUAGUCCCAAUAUCGAUGUUUCUGCCCCAGAUCUUGAUGUUGCCUCAUCACAGAAGAUCCAUUGGCCUCAUUUGAAGUGGAAGAAACCAAAAGUUGAUGCAGACCUUCACACACCAGACAUUGAUGUAUCCACUCCAAGUCUUGAUGGAGAUCUCACUGGACCUGAUGUUGAUCUGCCUGCUGCAUCUGGAAAGAAUAAGUUCCUAACUCUCAAAAGGCCUAAGAACUGGCUUAUUGGGUCCAAACUAAAUGCUCCGGAUUUAGAUCUUAAUGCAGAUGUGAAUUCUCCUGCCCUUGAUCUCACCACUCCUAAGGUUUCAGGAUCACUUGAUGGACCUAAUAUGGAUUUGUCUUCACCGAAUAUGGAUAUUGACGCUCCUUCUGGAAAGGUUAAGUGGCCCACUCUUAAAAAGCCAAAGUGGCUCAAGUCGUCAAGCUUAGAUCUCCAAGCACCUGAUGUGGAUGUGAAAGGCGCAGAUAUUAAUCUUGCUGCACCAGCACUAGAUGAGGGUCUUGAUACGCCUGAUUUCGGUAUCACCAUGCCUAAUGCUGACCUCAAAGGCCCAGCCGUUGAUCUUAAUGCUCCUGGGGUUGACAUUGACAGCCCCUCUUCUAAGCUUAAACUCCCCAAAUUCCAGAUGCCAAAAUUUAAAGCCCCAAAAUUAAAAGGACCAGACAUUGAUGCAAGUGCCGAUUUACCCAAUUUGGAUCUGAAAUCACCGAAUUUGGAAUUCAAGUCACCUGACCUGUCAACGCCUGAAAUUAAAGGAGGCAUCGAUGCUCCAAGUCUAGACAUUGACAUGCCAAAAGCUGACAUUAAGGCUGAUGCUUCCUCCCGAGUAUACAAAUUCCCAUCUUUAAAGAUGCCAAGUUGGAGCUCAUCUAAACCAAAUGUAAAAGGACCAGAACUAGAUGGAUAUCUUGACAAAAAUGUUGACCUUUCAAUUCCCGGUCUGGACGCGAAUCUUCCCAAAGCAGACUUGAGUGCACCAAAUUUGAACCUUUCUACCCCAAAGAUUGAUGGAGGUCUACCCUCCCCAGAUUUUGACCUCAAUUUGCCAAAAGCUGAAAUCAAAGGACCUGAUCUGGAUGCUGAUCUGGACACAUCUGGAAAAUUCAAGUUGCCCAAGAUAAAAUUACCUACAUUUGGUUUUUCCAAGCCUAAAGUGGAGGGGCCAGAUCUAGAUGCUGACAUUGAUGUCAAUUUACCAAAAGCAGAUAUACAGGGAUCUGGAGCAAACCUCAAUCUCUCUGCUCCAGAUGUCAAGGGAAAUCUAUCUACGCCAGACCUUGAUCUGAAUUUGCCAAAAGCUGACCUAAAAGGACCUGAUGUAGAUGCUGAUCUUGACACAUCUGGGAAAUUCAAGUUGCCCAAGAUGAAAUUACCUACAUUUGGUUUUUCCAAGCCUAAAGUGGAGGGGCCAGAUCUAGAUGCUGACAUUGAUGUCAAUUUACCAAAAGCAGAUAUACAGGGAUCUGGAGCAAACCUCAAUCUCUCUGCUCCAGAUGUCAAGGGAAAUCUAUCUACUCCAGAUCUGGACCUGAAUUUGCCAAAAGCUGACCUCAAUGGACCGGAUCUAGAUGCUGAUCUUGACACAUCUGGAAAAUUCAAGUUGCCCAAGAUGAAAUUACCUACAUUUGGUUUUUCCAAGCCUAAAGUGGAGGGGCCAGAUCUAGAUGCUGACAUUGAUGUCAAUUUACCAAAAGCAGAUAUACAGGGAUCUGGAGCAAACCUCAAUCUCUCUGCUCCAGAUGUCAAGGGAAAUCUAUCUACUCCAGACCUUGAUCUGAAUUUGCCAAAAGCUGACCUAAAAGGACCUGAUGUAGAUGCUGAUCUUGACACAUCUGGGAAAUUUAAGUUGCCCAAGAUGAAAUUACCUACAUUUGGUUUUUCCAAGCCUAAAGUGGAGGGGCCAGAUCUAGAUGCUGACAUUGAUGUCAAUUUACCAAAAGCAGAUAUACAGGGAUCUGGAGCAAACCUCAAUCUCUCUGCUCCAGAUGUCAAGGGAAAUCUAUCUACUCCAGAUCUGGACCUGAAUUUGCCAAAAGCUGACCUCAAUGGACCGGAUCUAGAUGCUGAUCUUGACACAUCUGGAAAAUUCAAGUUGCCCAAGAUGAAAUUACCUACAUUUGGUUUUUCUAAGCCUAAAGUGGAGGGACCAGAUCUGGAUGCUGACAUUGAUGUCAAUUUACCAAAAGCAGAUAUACAGGGAUCUGGAGCAAACCUCAAUCUCUCUGCUCCAGAUGUCAAGGGAAAUCUAUCUACUCCAGAUCUGGACCUGAAUUUGCCAAAAGCUGACCUCAAUGGACCGGAUCUAGAUGCUGAUCUUGACACAUCUGGAAAAUUCAAGUUGCCCAAGAUGAAAUUACCUACAUUUGGUUUUUCUAAGCCUAAAGUGGAGGGGCCAGAGCUGGAUGCUGACAUUGAUGUGCCAAAUGCCAAUGUUUCUGUUCCAAAUCUUGAUGUCGAUUUACCAAAAGCUGAUAUCCAGGCACCUGCUCUUAAAUUAUCAGGAAAUGCCCCAGAUGCAAAUGUUGAUGCAACUACUGGUGAAUACAAAAUGCCUCAUUUUAAUCUCCCCAGUUUAGGCCUAACCAGUCCUAAAGUUGAUGGUCCCACAGCUGAUAUUGGUACACCAGAUCUUAGUAUUACAGGCCCUUCCGCUGACAGUAAACUAGAUUUGUCCAAGUUAAAAAUAGGUAGUGGCAACCUCUCAGAACCCAGCAUGGAUGUAAAUGGAGGAGUGGACUUAAAUACUGCAAGUAUCAACACUGGUAAAGGAACAUUAAAAAUGCCACAUUUCAAGCUACCCAAGUUUGGCUUUUCGGGGCAUGGAUCAAAAGCACCAGAUGUUGAUGUGAACGCAGAUCUGGACAUGUCGGCUGAUGUGAAGCCCAACCUCAACCUGGAAGUUGAGGGAAAUGCUGAUGCUGAAGAUUCCCCCAAAAGUAAGAUAAGGUGGCCAUUUCACUGGGGGCGGAAGGUUGAUUCUGCAUCUGGUAGUGGAACAGAAGAGGGCAGUGACAGUGGGACAGAUGGUGAGGUGGAUGUUCCAGCAUUCACAUUCCACAAGCUACCCAAGAGCAAUAUUACUGACAACCUUUUUUUGGACGAUAGCUUAGGUCCACCAAAGUCUGAAGGAAGUCUUAACAAAAGCGAACAGGAAUUUGUUAUUAGCAAGGGAAUACGCCUGGUGAAACCUAAUACACAGUCAAACACGGGGGAAAAGAUUGAUAUUAUGGAGCGGUUGAAACUAGCAAGGGAGAAACCUGUGAAUGUUAAUGUGUCACCUACUGAGGCCAAAGUGGGUGCACUCUUUGCUUCAGCAUCAAAUGAUUCCUCACUGGCCAGAGGAGGAACAUUCAAAGUUAACACACCUGAUUUAGGAUUAGGCUUGGACCAUCCAGUAGUUGGAUCGUCAGGAAAUGAUAAAUUGUCAUUAAGUCUUUCCAAUAUGCUUGGCCUGAAUGUUAAAGACGCAGAUACUGAUUAAACAUGCUUCUCAAACCCUGUAUAGGCAGCAUCAACACUAUAUCUAUGUAAAUAAUUAACUGAAACCUAAUACAUGAAGAUGUCUUGCGUUUGCUUAAGAUAUUAUAGGUCUCACACACAAAAGUCCAACCAAAUGGAACACAAUUGCUGUGUAUAAUUCAAAUUCCAGAGAGAGAAUCAUGUAAAAAAAAAAAGUUUAACUAUAUUGCAGUUACCUGCUAGUGAAAGCACCAGAAGUUCGAGUUUUUUUAUCUCGUCUCUGUAGGAGGACAAAAUAUCAGAAAUUGUAUACACUGAAACUAUUUAAAUCAGCUUUAUCUGAAUAUUGUCUGAGAAUAUCUAUAAUUGCCUCAGUAUUUUAUAUGGAACAAUGCCUUAAUAUGAAAAGCAGGCUACAAUUUUACUUUUUUUUUUUACUAUGGAAUUGUAUAAAUCUGUUAAAUUUUUGUUCAAUAAAUACAUUUUAAUGCA